GGUGAUGAUAUUAAAACCUUAGUAACCAAGGAAACCAGUCCUGUGCUGGUGUAUAAAAGGAGUGGAAAUUUAACUGUGGCCGUGAAAGGAAAUCUGGCCACUAAGGCCAUGCAUGGCAACCCUGGGGAAGAGGAAGUAAAGGCACGAGCACAUGACCCAUCACCUGCCCCCUUAGGAGAAAGUGACCUGUCGGCAGCUGUGGUCAAGGUUGAAGAUGACAGUGAUGCAGAGACCUAUGGAGAAGAGAAUGAGGAACAGGGAAAUUAUUCUAAAAGAAAGAUAGUCUCUAACUGGGAUCGAUAUCAAGAUAUUGAAAAAGAGGUCAAUAAUGAAAGCGGAGAAUCACAGAGGGGAACGGACUUCAGUGUUCUCCUCAGCUCAGCAGGGGAUUCCUUCUCACAGUUCCGGUUUGUUGAAGAGAAAGAGUGGGAUGGUGAAGCUUCAUGUCCAAAACAGAAUUCAGCAUUUUAUGUGGACUGUGAGUCACUGGUUCGAGCCCUUCAAGAGCUGCCUCUCUCACUCCGACUCAAUGUUGCUGCCGAAUUGGUCCAGACCACCCUUCCUUUAGAGCUUCCUCAGGUGAAACCAAAGAGAAAUGAUGAAGGCAAGGGACUGGGGAUGCAGUUAAAAGGGCCCUUGGGGCCCAGAGGAAAGGGCUCCACCUCUGAGCUGAAAUCUGCCGCUGCUGGCUGCCCCAUGUACCUGGGUAAAGAUGGCCCCAGCCCGGCUCCCUCCAUGGGACCUCAGAAACCCACCGCCCCCCUGGAGGCGGCAGCAGACCACUUGGAGGAAGAAUUAGAUCUGCUGCUUAGUUUAGAUGCACCUGUAAGAGAGGGAGAGAACACUGUACCAGUCCAGACCGUGCAGGCCCAAGAAUCUGAGAAAGAUGGGGAGGUGGCCCAAGAAGAACAAGGUCCUGCCGAGCUAUCUGUGAUGGGAGAAAAGAACGUGCGGUCUGAGCAACCAAAUACAUCGAAAACUGUUACUGAGGAGGAGCUUGAAGACUGGUUGGACAGCAUGAUUUCCUAACCUAAAAGGAAAAGAAAAAAGAAAAAAAA